AUGGGAGCGGAGGCGGCGGCUGCGGCGGCUGGCGAGGGGGUCCCGGGCGGCGCUGGGCCGGGGCCGGAGCGGGGGGCGUCCGGCGCGGAGCUGCUGCGCCUCCUGGGCGAGCUGAAGCCUCCGGCGUGGGUGGUGCGGGAGGUGGCCUGGUACGGCGCGCGCCUGCUGCUCUACCUGGCGCCCGUCUACCUGGCCGGCCGGCUGGGGCUGAGCGCCAGCUGGCUGCUGCUGGGCUGGCUGCUGUGGAGCUGCUGGCGGCGGAACCGGCGCGGGAAGCGGGCGCGGCUGCUGGCCGCCUUGGGGCUGCUGGAGGACGAGAGGACCGCCAUCGGCCGGGGCGUCGCCCUGCAGCACCUGCCGGCCUGGGUUCACUUCCCUGAUGUUGAACGGGUAGAAUGGCUGAACAAGGUUCUCGAACAGGCCUGGCCAUAUUUUGGAGCCAUUAUGGAAAAAACAUUUAAAGACGUUGUUGAACCAAAAAUCAGAUCAAAGAAUAUUCAUCUGAAAACAUGUACAUUUACCAAAGUCCAUAUUGGAGACAAGUGUCCUAAAAUCAAAGGAGUAAAAGCCUACACCAAGGAAGUCGAUAAAAGACAAGUGAUCCUGGAUUUGCAAAUAUGUUAUAUAGGGGACUGUGAAAUUAACAUGGAAGUGUCAAAGUUCAAAGUAGGAGUGAAAGGAAUACAGCUGUAUGGAACAUUACGACUGAUACUGGAGCCGCUUAUGGCUGAUGUACCUUUCAUCGGGGCUGUAACCAUAUUUUUCAUCCAGAAACCUUAUUUGGAAAUCAACUGGUCAGGACUGACAAACCUAUUAGAUGCUCCAGGCAUUAGUGCACUAUCCGAUUCCUUGAUCCAAGAUCUGAUAGCAUCCCGGUUGGUGUUGCCAAACAGAAUCACUAUCCCCUUGAAAAAGGACAUUAACGUGGCUUGCUUGCGGUUCCCUAUUCCAUGUGGAGUUGUAAGAGUGCACCUGUUAGAAGCUGAGAAACUUGUCCAGAAAGAUCACUUUCUUGGGGCGAUCCGGGGAAAGUCAGACCCUUAUGCCCUUCUUCGGGUUGGCUUGAUGCAGUUCCGAAGCAGGACCAUUCAAAGAAACCUGAAUCCCAUCUGGAAUGAAACCUUUGAGUUUGUUGUCUAUGAAGUGCCUGGCCAGGAUCUGGAGGUAGACUUGUAUGAUGAAGACCCAGAUAAAGAUGACUUCCUGGGCAGCUUGCUCAUAAACCUUGCAGAUGUGAUGAAAGACAGAGUUGUUGACGAGUGGUUCCCCUUGAGCAAGACAGCAAGUGGGCACGUGCAUUUGAAGCUUGAGUGGUUUUCUUUGGUGACUGAUCAAGAGAAACUCUGUGAGGACAAGAAUGGUCUUGCCUCAGCAAUUCUCAUUGUGUAUUUGGACUGUGCUUUCAAUCUUCCUAAAAAUCAAUUUGAAUAUUCCAAUGGUGAAUAUGGAGCGAAGAAAUAUAGAAUCCCCCGGUACCUCAAGAAGGUGGAACGAGACCCUUGCUCCUUUGUCCAGCUCACAGUGGGCAGCAAAACGCAAAAGAGUAAGACUUGCAAUUUCACAAAGGAUCCCGUGUGGGGUCAGGCGUUCACGUUCUUCGUCCAUAGUGCUCCGUCAGAGUCCCUUCAUCUGGAGAUAAAAGAUAAGGAUCGGGAGAAUGCUCUUGGGACCUUGGUAUUUUCUCUUGCCAGUUUGCUAAGAAACCCUGAGAUGACACAUGAGCAAAAAUUUCAGCUGGAUCAUUCUGGCUCAGACAGUUUUAUUAAGAUGAAGCUUGUGUUGAGGGCUUUAAGUGUGGAGCAACGUGAUCCAGAAAACAUGUAUAGUGGAAUUCAUGCCUUAAAGCAGGUUCCUAUCCCUGCCACAGAGGAGGAAGGAAAUGAAGGCAAGAUGCAGCUGCCGCCGCCACGACCACCACCACCACUGCCUGUACCACCCCUUCCAUCAAAAUCGGAAGUGCUCAAACCACCCCAAGGGAGCAAAGACUUGAGCAUGCCUGAAUCCAUACAGGAGAUCAGUGCUAAUCUUAGUGUAACUGAGAACCAGCCUCUUGUGAUAGAGGCAGCGGCUGCAAUUAAUGAACAGGCACGCCCGCGGGGUCUGGACCCCAGAUCCUUGGCACCUCCACAGCCCAUUUCAGCAGCCCCGACGUUACCAGCCCUGCAAAGACUUCAGCUUGCCCCCAGCAUUGCAUCUCUGGGCUCCCUGGCCUCUUCAUGCUUUGAUGUAACUUGUAGCAAUCUGGACCUCUAUAACGGAUCACAACUUGCUGGAGUGUCCAUGGGGGAAAUCCAUCUCACUCUGCGCUAUACCUCCAUGAGGCAGUCUCUCAUUGUCCUGGUCAAUGGAUGCAGAAAGUUAAUGCCAUGCUCUCAGCAUGGUGCGCAUCCCUAUGUCCGUAUCUACUUGCUCCCAGACAAAAGUUGGACGAUGAGAAAGAGGACUACUGUCAAAAGAAGAACAUUGAGUCCCCAAUACAAUGAAAAGUUUGAAUUUUUUGAAACUUUGGAAGAUGUUAAGAAACGCGCCUUAGAUAUUGCAGUAAAAAACAAAAGGCCAUUUUUUUCGCAUGAAAGAAAGGAACUUGGAAGGGUGCUGAUAGACUUGUCAAAGGAAGACUUAGUCAAGGGCUUCUCACAAUGGUAUGAGCUGACAAUAAAUGGGCACCCCCGAAGAUAAUACUUGGUACCUGAUGAACGAGUGUACAUAUGUAUAUUUUAAAUUUCAGAGCUAAAUAAUUUGAAUCUG